AUGGCUGACAGGUUCAUAGUCCAGGACAACAUACUAGGAGCUGAAAGACUGUUAACAUUAGUACCCCUACCCUCCACCUGCCCCAUCGGCCCGUCCCAAGCGACAAGGGACACGCUGCUGGUGCUGUUCAGGGGGUUGCAGCACCCCUACAUCCACCCCGUGCUCGAUAUUGAAUUCUGGGAUGCCGGGGCGGCCAUUAUUAGUCCGUUAAAUCCUUCAGGGAGUUUGAAGGACUUAAUUUACGGGGUGCUCUGGCACGACGAAUAUGACAAGAAGUAUGUGUCCAAGGGCGAAGGAUUGCCUUUGAGGACGGUACAGUGCCUAGGACGACAAAUACUUGAAGGCCUUCUAUUUUUGCGAAACCGAUAUUUUCCCCCAAUAUAUCAUCUUCAUGCAGGCAAUGUGAUAAUUCAAAAUGGCGUAGCGCGACUGGCUGGCUUAGAAAACCCCCUACUAGGACUCCUUCCCAAGGCCCCGUCAGCGCCAGAAACCCUCUCCUUCGGUUAUCUCCUCUUCGAGAUGACGUCCGGUUACGAACUCCCAGGACCUCCGACUCCCGCCCAUCUCCAAUUGGAAUUAGAGAGAGCUCCUAAAGUGGCCGACGCUUUGGAACUGAUCUUUCAGAGCUCCAGGACUCCUACCCUGGAGGAGCUUGUCAGGUGCGAGCUCUUCAGAGGGGUUGAACUGAGGGAAUUAAGGGGCGCCAGCGUGGUGAAAAGUGUUUCGCCUCCCAGUGUCUUGGAAUUGUUGGAUCUGGUGAAGACUCCCGUCCCCCUGUCGCCGCUGCGAAGAAAAGAUGUAGUGGUGAUCAUAGAAGACAGGCGAUUAGAAGAUAUUAUAGAAGAAGACAACGAAGACAGUGAUUGUUGCACAGCCAAUGAAAGUGAUCGGUAGUAGCUUCAAUAGGUUUAGUUUUUGGUUUCAAAACGUUUAUUCUACAGAUUGCAUUUAAAAAAAGAGCUAAAUGAUUGUGGGAAUAAUGGAAAUCAAAAUACAGGGUAAAUUAGAAAAAAAAUAGGUACUGAUUUAUUAGUUAGGAUUGAAACUGUAUUCAUAGCAACUAAAGUUAACUUUUUUUUAUUAAUUUACAUUGUCUACAUAUAACAAAUUUUUAUUAUACAUAUCUUUUUGGAAGCAAAAGCAUUUUUCAUUUGAACUCAUACUCUUGAUGUUCUCUAAGUCAACCUAAUAAGCUUCCGGAGGUUUUUCCUGAAGCAUUUUUUGCCUAAACUAAAUCCAUCGAAAGACACUUUGUACCUAUACAAAUACCUUGAAAUUCAGAUUAUAGGUGGAUUUAUUUUUUUUGUACAAAAAUGCAACAAUUGCAUUAAAUUAAAGUUAGAACAGUAUUUU